CCGCUCAACAUUGAGCCUCAUCAGCUCGCAGGCCAGCCGUUGCAGUUCGCCGCGCGAGAGAAAUGGUGACAUAACGGGCAGGUGUGUGCGGGAGGCCAAGUGGAUCUGCUAGUCAGGGCCAAGUUGCACUCCUUUCGGAUUUCCUCCUGCUGAUUAGAUGCCAAGCAGCGAGCUUGAAUACGGAAAUUUUACUUAUCGACCAUCGCUCCUUUUCUGCCGUGCCAUUGACGAUAGCAGCUUUUUCGGCGUUACACUGCGUCAACUUCAACGCUCCCUUCCCGCUCAAGUGCGACCGCCUCGCUUCACCGUUGGAGGAACUGCAUUUCCACGCCAGCUGUCCUCAUUCGCCCUCAAACACCGAACACGUUGCUUCUGCGGUGCCAUACCGUUGAGCAUUUUACACCUUGCGCUGGCUCUAUAUCGACUGUAAUCCCAGUCUUGUGGGCCUGUCGACGCAAGCCACGCGCUCACGGCGUCUUUACAUUCCGCGCAGCCUCUCCACCUCGAU